AUGGGGAAAGCCAAAAACCUCAAAGAAGGCAAAAAUGCCAAAAAUGCCAAAAAUGCGAAGAGUCACUUCAAAUCCCGAAUGGAGUUCUUGGAGAAAGCCGCGAAUUAUUUGCAGGCAGCAACGGCCGCCACAGUUCCAGUUCCAGUCUCAGUACCAGUCUCAGUACCGGCACCAGCACAAGAAGCUGAAAGAAGUGAUCAAGAAUUCUGCGACAAAGAGGCGGGAGAACACAUGGUGCCCGAGCACACUCUCAACACCUCCGCGAAAGAUGUUAUGGAUUCGGAAACCGGCAUUCAGAUCUGUCAAACGAGCAGGAAGCCUUUGACAAACAUCUCAAGAGUCUAUAUCUCACAUAUGCGCGGAGUGUCCCUCAAGACACUGACCCGUCUUCCGAUACCAACCAAGCGAUCAUUUUGCAAGCGUUGUGAAACACCUCUCAGCUCUGGGGUAGCCUGCUCCCAGGAGAUCCAAAACGCCAGCCGAGGACGCAAGAAGCCGUGGGCUGAUGUGAAAGUCGUACGUUGUCUAGUAUGCGGAACCGAGAAGCGAUUCCCCAUGACAGGGCGUAAAAGCAAGAAGCUUGUGGAACGUCGACAGCAGAAGCAGGCACAGGCACAGACAGUGGCAGUGGCAGUGGCAGAGGCAGAGGCAGAAGUGCAAGUGCCGGUGCCAGCGCAGGCGCAAACACAAACCACCCAAAUCCAGAACGCAAUCUCGUGA